UAGGUGUGGGCCUCGUAGCGGCAAUGUCCAUCUAUCCAGUGGCCACUUUUGAUGGGAGUCCAGACGCUUGGCCGUACGGGGACGUUGCCUGUGCUGCUACGGCUUUCGCCGGCCAACUUUUCCUGACCAGCUCUGGCAGUUCGCUGAUAAUUCUCAGCGUGGAGCGCUACCUGGCCGUCGCCCAUCCUCUGAAAUACGCCCGGCUCUGGACCAAGAGAGUCUCUCUGUUCGUUAUCGGUGGCUGUUGGAUCAGCGAGUUGGUGGUGUUCGUACCGCUUGUCGUCCUCUUGGGACAUGAAUACGAUCCUCUGUUGGGCACUUGCAUGCCGUCUUUUUUGAACAAUUUCGUGUUCGUUCUGGUAUGGCUUUUUGUACUCGUAAUACCCAGUACAGUCGUCAUUUUGCUGACCUCUUGCGUGGUGAACCGGAAGCUAAAAGAAAGCGCUCGUUUGAGGGCCGAGAUGACACCCAGCGCAGAUCAUCGCGGCAAAGACUUCUCAAUCACCAUCAAAGCUUUCCAGAUGGUGCGGGUAAUGACGGUGGGAGUGCUGGUCAGCUGGCUGCCGUACUCCGUUGCAGGUUCGCUGGCCCAGCUUACCGAAAUCGAACUCCCAAGGGAUGUUUACUUCAUCACAUACUGGCUCCUACUUGCCAAUAGCUUCUUCAACACCACAUCUACUUUUUCAUGAACAAGACCUUUCAUGACAAAUCCACCGACUUGGCAAGGUCCGUCAUCCCCAAACUUUGCUUGGAGCUCAACCGACGCGAAGAACUUCGAAUAGGCGGGUGUUGCCUCCAUGUCGAAGAAGCGGCCUCUGAAGAAGGCGGAUUGGAGACGAGAGUCCAAACACAGCCAGAGGCCAGUCAAGCCGUGUCGGUCAGAACAAACAGCCAAAGCCUUGUCAUAUGAUAAAUAAACGCAUUUGUUAUUUCAUAUAUUAUUAAAGUAUCGCUGCAAUGAUUUUUGUAAAAAAUGUGUAAGGGUCAGCGAGGUUGGGCUUUGUAGGGAUCUCGUAAUUUUGGUUAUUUGGGUUUACGGGCCUAAUCACCGAAACAAAACGAUUACAUCAUUGGUAAACAUCCUCUAGUAAUUAACAUAGUCCGUCCAUGAAGUAAUCAUAUCAGGAGCGUAACUAGGACUUUGUGUGUGGGUGUGUGGGGGGUGUGCAAUCCUCAACAAAGCGGACCAAGCAGAUCAUUUGUUUUUUUUUUGAAAAACAGCAGGAUUCACGAGGUCGUACAAAUUGUUUUAGGAGGGUUAUAAGUAAACUCCCAAAGACGGGAUUGACUGAAGCAAAAAAUACCGAGCGCGCGGCAUUUUUUUUCGCGCAAAAUGUUUAACUAGGCCCCCUAUAGCUCGAAAUCUUUUCUUGCCUCAAAAGUGAACCUUUUAGUCGCAAUGGGGGGGGGGGGGUGCAAAAUCACCACCUGCACCCCUUCCAGUUAUAAGCCUGCAUAAUUUAUGGGCUUUGAUCUGGAAACUGAAUUUAUGAGCGUAUAAUCGAUUGCUGUUUUGUGAGAAUGUAUCUGGUGGUUUUCAAGGCAGUGGAGAAACCGGACUUUAUAAUUAGCCUAGAGUUUCCGUUGCUGCGAGAUACUAUCUGUGAUGCGCCGUCUUGGAAUGUGCGUACGUGCGGUUUCUACUCUUCCAGACCGGUCUGCAAAGUGUGAGUAUCGUGGAUAUUUUCCUCACACAAAAUACGUAAUUUUAAUAGUCUGAAUGUAGCAUUUGCUGAGCAAGUAUAAUCUUACAUUGUCAAAUUAUUGUUUCUCCAGUCUCUGUAUAAAUCUUUGGUUCAUAUAUUGAGUGUAAAAGGGAUGUUUCGUGAUUAGUUUGUCGACUCAAUUCGUGGCAAACUUUCACGUGAGUCACAUGGUCGAUGCAUUGUAUUCCAAUAUGACAUGGCUCUGUACAGUAUCCUUGUAGAACUAAACCCCGAUUUGGUCUCUUGUUUAUAUUACUUCAUUAAGGCGUUUGGAUAAUUGAUAUCGACCUGGAGACUUAUCUUGGCGUUUGGGGAAUUUAGUUGAACAGAACUCAGCUGAGUUGAACUGAACUAAGCUGAACUAUGAUCAGAGGUUGACAGGGGCCAACUGAUUACAAAUUCAGAUAAUCAAAGGGGAUUUUCAAUAGACAUAUCAAAUGUGACAGUCAUUGCAUAUUAUUAUCACUAGGCCUACUCGUAGUACGGAACUCUUUGUCAUAUGUAGGCCUAGUAUUCAUCCUUUUCUCUGUCUUUCAAUCCCCAAUUUUAGGAGUAAAUCAAUAAUUAAAUUAUUUUAAUUACUUUCCUUCAUGAUGGGAUAUAUCUAACUCUUUCCUCAAAGUUUGUAUUGUCUAGCUCGCCUGGCCUUUGCUAUCCGUAACUAUAAUCAUUUGGCGGACCUUCCUACCCGACACGUGGUGCAUAUAACAUUGCCCCAUGGUCAUCCGUUGGUUAGACACCAUUUUGUCUGCAUCUUUGUACUCUUGUUCAAUUGCACGAAAACUCACUUGCAUUCCCAUUUGGUUAAAUGCACUGAAAUGUGCACUUUUUAAGCGUUUAAAUUAUCUAUGUUUCCCGGGACAAACGAGGGCGCUGUUGCUGUGAUGUCAUCCAGGAAAACAAUAGUUCAGUGAAUGGCUUUUCUAUUCAAAUUGUGAACCCAGAAUUUAC